CCAUUCAAUAAUAAAUCUGAUAUGGGCUAUUUGAAAAUUGGUGCUCCCAAGGGUCAAUACUGGGGCCGUUUCUGUUCUGGAAGGCUGUCGAAGAGGUCUUCCAGGGGGAAGUUCUAAGGUUCCAAGGGCUCUUGGCGAGUAUAGUUGUGAUUCUCCCUGGGCCUUGAUCGAAUCAGCCGUCGACGCGAUGAACACAAUUCAAGGCGACAUCGAAUUUAUACUCUGGUCGGGGGACAGCAUCAGUGAUUCUGUAAAGCAAGAGGAAAAGUUCGACGCAAUGAACAACCUUACGGAGCUUUUAAAAAGGACUUUCAAUUCACAGUUUGUAUUCCCUGUCCUCGGGCACACGGAUCCACCGGAUAUAGUGAAGCUCGGACAACUCUGGAAAAACUGGCUUCCGACUGAGGCUCUUUUGAGUUUUACAAAAGGCGGAUACUACAUGAUAGAAAUGAAGUCGAAAAAGCUAAAAGUCAUUGCGCUGAACACGAACCUCUGGACGUCCGAUAACGAAGUGGACAAAGACCCAGGCGGUCAGUGGGCUUGGCUCGAGCAGCUGCUCGCCAAAUCCUUGCGGAAGGAUGAAACAGUUUACCUGGUAGGCCACGUAAGCCCCGGCUACGACGAACGACAAGGAGCACCGCCGAGAAUGGGUUUGGCGAAAAUUCACAACGAAAGGUAUCACGAAAUGGUGCAGAAAUAUUCCGAAGUGAUCACGGGGCAGUUUUUUGGACACCUUCAUUCCGACACGUUUAGACUCGUAUAUAACGAACACGGUGAGCCGAUAUCGAGCAUAUUCCUGACGCCGUCAAUCACUCCCAAGAGGACGACGAGCGGAGCCAACAACCCGGCGAUCCGGCUUUACACUUUUGACACCGACGAUGGAGAGAUAGUUAAUUACAUGCAGUAUUACAUGGACCUGCCCAAGUCUAACGAGGCAAACGAGGCAAUUUGGACUCUAGAAUAUAAUUUCACGAGAUAUUACGGAUUGAAUGCAGUUAGCCCUGAUGAGCUGCACCAGCUGGUGCAAACAUUUACGUCGCCAGAAGGGAUGCAAUUAUUUGGAAGGUAUUGGAUGGCGAAUUCAGUGAGGAGUUACAAGCUGCCGACGAACACAGCUUGGACUAACGCGCACUUUUGCGCCAUCACUCAGCUCGAAUACAACCAAUACCAGAACUGCCUGAGUACCAGGGCCAGUGCGCUGGCGGCAUCGAAAAUGGAACCGACAGAGAGCACUUCAGGGGUGGGACGGACCUUCGCGACCUGCCUUCUCGCCAUCGGGUACAUGCUUUCCGUUCUGAGGUGAUUCGUACGCCGAUUUAGGUCCGGCGAAAAAUUUCUUCGUUUUUCAAGGGUGAUUUGCAUCAAGUCCAGACACGGGACGUCGAUCGAAAAGAUAAAAAUUGAGAAAAAGAGAAAUGUGGUCCAAUUGAUGAUAACACGAUACCCUUGGUUUUAAUCGCAUACAGUCAGCCAUCUGGUUUUUUCCAAUUUAAAAACGGUUCUUUUCUUUUAUAAUUGUCACACAAUAUAUAACUUGUGCGACGUGAUUUUUUAAAAGUUGCACUACGUAAAAAAUAUACAUAAAAGUUGUUUAAAAUUAAAAUUAAACGCUCAGGAUCAUAGUUGAGGACUGGAAGUUUGCCCAUACUUCAAAACAACUGCAACGUUCAGUUUACACGCCCUAAAAAAUUUAUAUAAAAAAAUACCUAGACAUAAUAAUAUGUACUGCAAAAGAAAUCUACAAUUUCAACUAUGUCCCUACAAGUUUGGUGGAUUGAAAGGAUUUAUCUUCAGUUAACAAUUAAGCAACUUUGCCAUUUUUCCUUUGACUUGAUAAUCAUUUACGAAAGUUUUAAAAAAUGUGGCUUAAGGCAAAACAAAAGUAAAAUUUAUUUUCUUACAAA